AUGCAGAGGCCGGGUGUUCUCAUUGUGCUUGAGGAGAAAUUCACAGGGCUCGCAGAGCUACUAACCAAGGUAGCGACUGAUGACGGGACGGUGAUCAUCACAUCAGUGAACGAGGCGUGGGCACGACUAGGCUCCCUCCUUGACCUCUUCCUCGCGAGCUUCAAGAACGGCGAGGGCAUCGCACACCUCCUCAACCACACCCUCAUCAUUGCCAUGGACACCAUCACCUUGGCCCGUUGUGAGGCCGUGCACCCGCAUUGCUACCUCCAUGAGGUCACCUCUGCCAACGUUAGCUCCGCUAACCGCUUCAUGACCAAGAGCUAUCUCGAGCUCAUCUGGGCCAGGCUCGAGGUCCCACAACAUAUCCUACAACUUGGCUACAACUAUCUCUCCACCGAUGUGGAUGUCAUGUGGUUGCGCAACCCGUUCCGAUACAUCAACCUUUACACCGACAUGGCCAUGUCGACCGAUGGCUUCAACGGCAAUGUUGAUGACCUGAAAAAUGUGGGAAACGGCGGCUUCUACUACAUUAGGUCGACAAACAGGACGGUGGAGAUGCUAAAGCGCUGGCGGGCAGCAAGGUCACAGUUCCCCUCCGCCCACGACCAAGGAGUACUCAAUGAGAUCAAGGCCGAUCUCGCGGCCGGUGAACUGCAGAUCAAGUUCGUGUUCCUUGAGACGACACUCUUUGACGGCUUCUGCCAGUUCCACGGAGAGAUGGACAAGGUGUGUACUAUGCACGCCAUCUGCUGCAUCGGGCUUGAGAACAAGGUGCACGACCUUAGGAACCUGGCUGCUGACUGGAAGAACUACACGAGCGUGGCGUCAAUGGAGAAGAGGACCGGCAAGCAUAGGUGGACGCCCCCCAACCGGUGCAAGGCGUCGAUGAGGCAGCACUGA